CUGGUUGUGGAGCAACCCUAAGCUCUCUCCAAGCUAAUCAUGAUGAGGGUUGUCUCAUCUGGCCUUAGAAGGUAGUGAGUCUGAUGUGCCCACUCUGCGCGUCGCAAGCUAACUAGUCCGAGGCACGCCAUUUUUGGGGCUGGGACGCAUCAGUUGUCUUCAGAUCCUCUAGUUGGGAUAAGUUGCCAUGGCUUUUCUAUCAUGAUUGUAAGCGUCUGCCAAGUGAAUGACCUUGAGAUGUGUUGGAACAUUUGCAACCUUCUAUAUCUCUGUGCUAACAUUUUUCUUUUGUGCUUUUUCUCUCAUAAGGGGCUAUAACAUCGGAGUGCGUCUGAUUGAGGACUUCCUGGCACGCUCCAGCAUCGGCAGGUGUCAGGAUUUCCGAGAAACGGCGGAUGUCAUCGCUAAGGUUGCCUUUAAGAUGUACCUGGGGGUCACUCCGAGUGUGACUAACUGGAGCCCAGCAGGGGACGAGUUCUCCCUCAUCCUUGAGAACAACCCACUUGUGGACUUUGUGGAGCUGCCGGAUAACCACAGCACGCUGGUUUACUCAAACCUGCUGUGUGGAGUCCUCAGAGGAGCCCUGGAGAUGGUCCAGAUGGCUGUGGAUGUGAAAUUUUCUCAGGACACUCUGAGAGGGGACAAUGUGACGGAAAUCCGCAUGAAGUUUAUCAAGAGGAUCGAAGAAAAUCUCCCUGCAGGAGAUGAGUGAUGGAAACAACCAAACAAACAAAAAAAACACUGAAAAGAUGAGUCGGCAAAACUCAAAACAUCCUGAUGAGCGGUAAAUUAGGCAGACAGCUGUUUACUUUUCCCUGCAACCUCACUUGUCUGAAAUGAUUGAAAAAACACUCCUCAAUUUUCUAACAUCGUUACUGCCCAUGAUUUGCUGAAGAAGACCAGGAGUUACAUGAUACUAUGGAGAUGUUCUGAGAAUAAAAAAAAACAACCUAUACACCAUUGAAACACAGAUCAUCACACGGACACCUUAGGUGGACAUAAGGUUUCUUGGCAGAUCUCUGUGUUUAUGACUGAGGGAAAAACAUCUAAAUAUAACAGCUGUUGCUGUUAAGGAGAGCAGAUUUCUUUUUUAGUUGAUGAUAAAAGAAAAGCCUUUUUAUUUGGCAAUGUAUAAAAUGUCUUCUUUUUUUGUGUGUUUCAAGGCUGGAAAACCUGAAAAUGUCAUGAUUUAUGUUUUUUUUUUCUUUUAAUGAAAUAACCCUUCACUGCUGCCAAUUAUAAGGCAUGUUAAUUUAUGUUGUCGGAUAUGUCAAAUAAAGUUGAAAUAUUUGAUAUAA